AUGUCUGUACGCGAACUUUUACUCUUGCUAGGAUGUCUUAUUAUCACUACUUUUGGUGAAAAUUUAAGACCACCUUAUUUAAAUCUUGCUCGUGAAAAACAUAUCACUGUAUCAGCAACAUCAACAUGUGGUGAAUUUAUUGAUAAAGAUAAUCCGAAUAAAGCUAAAUAUAAAAAAGAAUUAUAUUGUAAAUUAACUGGUUCAUCACCUUAUGAAAAAGAUUAUAAAGAUUCAAAUUUAAUCUAUGGUCAAUAUUGUGAUUAUUGUGAUCAUAAUAUACCAGAUAAAAAACAUAUUGUUAAUUAUACAAUUGAUGGAACCGAUCGAUGGUGGCAGUCACCACCAUUAUCACGAGGUCUGGAAUAUCAAAAAGUAAAUAUAACCGUAAAUCUAGGUCAAGAAUAUCAUAUAGCAUAUAUUUAUAUUCGUAUGGCUAAUUCACCUCGACCUGCUGUUUGGUCAUUAGAACGUUCAACUGAUUAUGGAAAAACAUUUUCAACAUGGUAUUAUUUUGCUAGUGAUGUCGAAUGUCGUACAAUCUUUGGAAUUGAACCAUCAUAUAAUCGUACAUUCUCACGAGAUGAUGAUGUUAUUUGUGAAACAAAAUACGCCAGUCGAAUACCAUUAGAAGGAGGUGAAAUGGUUGUAUCAUUAAUCAAUGAUCGACCAAAUAUUAAAAAUUUUUCCUAUAGUGAUACAUUACAACAAUGGACACGUGCAACAAAUGUUCGUUUAAGAUUACUUCGACCAACAACAUUACAUUCUCAUUCAAUUAUUCAUGAUAGUCAUGAUAAAUCAGUAACACGACGAUAUUUUUAUUCAAUUAGAGAUAUUGGUAUUGGUGGACAUUGUCAAUGCAAUGGUCAUGCUGAAUCAUGUGAUAAACCUCAUUCAAAAACUCCAAAUAAAAUGGUUUGUCGUUGUCGUCAUAAUACAUGUGGCGAUUAUUGUCAAGAAUGUUGUGAACCAUAUGUGCAAAAAAAAUGGCGUCAAUCACGUGAUUCAACUGAUGGUGCAUUUGAAUGUGAACCAUGUCAAUGUUAUGGUCAUUCAACUGAAUGUGUUUAUGAUGAAAAAGUCGAAAAAGAAAAAUUAAGUAUUGAUAUACAUGGAAAAUAUGAAGGUGGUGGACGUUGUCUUAACUGUGAACAUCAUACGGAAGGCAUCAAUUGUGAACGAUGUGUACGAGGAUAUUUUCGAAAUUUUACACGUAAAGUUAGUGAUAUUGAUAUGUGUCAACCAUGUAAAUGUGAUUUAAAAGUUUCAACUGGUACUUGUGCUGAAGGUACAGGUACAUGUGAAUGUAAACCACAAUUUACUGGUUUAGAAUGUGAUGAAUGUGCUGUUGGAUAUUUUGAUUAUGCAGCUGGAUGUAAACCAUGUUUAUGUUCAAUUAAUGGUACAGCUGAUCAUAAAUGUUUACCGGAUUCUGGUCGAUGUGUAUGUAAAAUGAAUUUUGAAGGAGAUUAUUGUGAUCGUUGUGCACCUGGUUAUUAUAAUUUUAAAGCUGGUUGUCUUCCAUGUGAAUGUGAACGAGCUGGUAGUGAUGGAAAUAUAUGUGAUGCUGAAACGGGUCAAUGUCCAUGUCGAUUAAAUUAUCAAAAUCGCACAUGUAAUACAUGUAAAAAUGGUCAUUUUGGAUAUCCAGGAUGUUUACCAUGUGUUUGUAAUCAUAAUGGUUCAACACCAGAAGUAUGUAAUAAAGACACAGGUGCUUGUCUAUGCAAAGCAAAUUUUACUGGACAAACAUGUGAACAAUGUGCAUCUGGAUUUUUCAAUCAUCCAAUAUGUGAACCAUGUGCUUGUGAUCCAAUUGGAGUUGUCUAUGACGGUUCGUUUUACAAAGAUUAA